UUGGGUAUAAAGCAUCAGCCAACAUCUGCCCCGAGCAGUGCAAAGCUGAUGAAAACAUCAGCUCGGAGCUCUUACAGGACCUCUCCGAUUUAUUUUAUUUCCCUUGGAUUUAUCAUUUGGCAUUACCGAGUCGGUGCACCCAGGGAGCCGCAUCUCUUUUCUGCACUUUAAGUGAAUGUGACUCCAUCACUAUACUGGAAUUAACUGCGAUCCCCAGGGAUUUCUGCGCACCUGUUACCUCCACGGAGCGCGAGAUCAUGAUCCCUCCGGGAGACUGCCUGUAUGCGGGCAGAAAGAGGAGGAAGCCCGUCCAAAAACAGAAGCCGUCCUCCUCCAACGAGAAAACCAACCCGUCCAAGCGGCACAGAGACAGGCUGAACGCUGAGCUGGACCGGCUGGCCAGCCUGCUGCCGUUCCCCCCGGAUGUCAUCUCCAAGCUGGACAAGCUGUCCGUGCUGCGCCUCGCAGUCUCCUACCUCCGCGUCAAGAGUUUCUUCCAAGUGAACCAUGAGAAGCCCUCCAGGAAGCACAGUAUGAGCACAGCAUCCUCCAACCCCGAACCCAGGAAAGAGAGCCUUCCACUGGGCAACGCGGUCAACGAGAGCAGCCUCCUCCUGGAAUCACUUACAGGCUUUGCGUUGGUGGUGAGCAGUGAUGGGAUGGUCUUUUACGCCUCUUCAACCAUUGUGGACUAUCUGGGAUUUCAUCAGACUGAUGUGAUGCACCAGAAUGUGUUUGACUACAUCCACAUAGACGACCGCCAGGAGUUCAAACGGCAGCUCCACUGGGCCAUGUGUCCUCCACAGGGGACGUCCUCACACCAGGACAGCCAGCUCGCUGCAGGAACUGGUGAGGACUUUGUAGUGAGCAGCCUGUUCCAUUCUCCCGAGGCGGGGGGAAUUCCUCCAGAGCUCUCCUGCUUUCUCAACAGAUGUUUCAUCGCCAGAGUCCGAUGCCUCUUGGACAGCACCUCUGGAUUCUUGACUAUGCAGUUCCAGGGUCGAUUGAAGUUCCUCCACGGUCAGAAGAAGAAGUCAGCCUCCGGGGCACCGCUGCCUCCCCAGAUGGCUCUAUUCUGCAUAGGUGUACCCCUCCUACUGCCCUCCAUCACUGAGAUGAAGAUGAAGAACAUGUUAAUGCGGGGAAAGAACAAGGGAGGAGGUGGAGGGAUAAUGGAGCAAAUCGGUGAGCGAGGGGAACACCUCCGGAGGCACUCCUUCAGCGGAGGAAUGGGCGACAUCGCAGACCCUCUCCUCCUCUCCUGUCCCACUCCUGGCGCUACCCAGCGGGGUCACCACACUCCUUGGACCCCGCUCUCCAAAGACAACCUCAAGUACCGCCCUGAUGGCUACUACAACCAGGAGGAGCCCCUCAACUACUGCAAGUCCACCAUGGCCACCCAUAAAGGUGUCAGCCCAGGCCUGGGCGGCGGCUGGCCUCUGCGGCCCAACUCGGGUCCCCUGAGGGCGGGCCAGGGCGUCGGCUACAUCCCCUCCAACCGCAUGAACAAGGCCGGCCAGUAUGGGAAGCCGUACCGCCUUUCCCCGAGCUGUCACAGCGGCAGAGGUGGCGAGGUGUUUGUCUCUAAACUCUACGGGAACGUCCAGAUUCCGUCGGACCCGGAUGCCUACUGUGUUGAUCUGGUGAAGAACGAGAACGGCUACGGGGAAUGCUACGAUGGCCACCUGAUGCCCGAGAUGCCUCCCAUCAAGGUGGAGCACGACUCCGACUCCGAGAACGGCUGCGACGCCUACGGGCGACCCUGGGGUUGCCGCGACCCCGAGGCCAUCGACCGCCGCUACGCUAACGGCGUAUACGACCAGAGCUCCAACCUCCAUCUCAAAUCAGAGGCAGAAUAUUACGACCCGCAGUACUCGCCCUGUCACCGAGGGAAAGCAGGAAUCAGCCCACCGUACAACAACGGCAACUAUCAGAACUAUGCAGUCAACAACAGCGGCAACGCAACCGGACGUCUGUUGAAAUGUGACAAAGACUUGGGCAAUAAUAAUGACAACAACCAGUUUAGUCCUCAGAGACUCUCUCACUCAGACUCUCUAUGCAGUAACCAACCUGUCAACCUCAUGGACUCACACAUCUACCCGCAGGACCCUCACAAGGCGUACAUGCACCCGGACUACAACAAGCAUGGCACUUAUGAGUUCAAAGGUCACGGCCUGGUGCAUUCCAUCAAGCAGGAGCCGAUGGACUCCCCACCAUGGUCUGAGGGCACUCACGACAUAAGCCAAUCCAUGAUGGUUGGUCAAAGGAACAUUAUGCCGUGUGUGAUGAGCACAGGCCACCACAAGUCAAGUCCCUACAUUUAUAUGCCAUAAAAGUGAUUAGUGCAAACAGGUCAUUUCACACACGCACAAUCAAUCAAUCAGUGUGCAUUUAAGUACUUUGUAUUGCGCCGCGUGCACCAGCAUUACAAAAGGAUUCCCAGGAUGUCAACAUUUAAAAUGGCUUCUUCUUCUAAUCGACGAAGAGGUCACAAAUAAGACUCAGGUUCUCGUGUUCGUGUUGUGACAAUCAAAAAUAAUACUUUGAAUCCAGUUAAUGGAUUAUUAAUUUGUAGUUUGUUCCUAGCACUUUUUGGAUUUAGUGACAAUGAGACAAAUUAUGUCUAGAAACACAAUUUCAUUUUUUGUUUUAUGUGUUGUGUACACCUGGCUUAUGUGGGAGGAACAAAGAUUUUGCUGUAAAAAGACUUUUUGAAUCGCGCACACAGGAGAUGACUUACACCCUGCUGGGCUUAUCUAGGGAGAUGGCUGAUUGUGAGAGCACACUUUGGAGUCAUAACAACCUAAGGAUUAUCUGUGUUGAUGGUGGUUUUGCAUGUUUUAGUGCUUUAACUAAAAAUCGCCUACCUUCUUCAUGACUGCCCCCAGUGCUGUAUGAAUGGAAUCUACUGGUUUCUAUGCAUUUUAGAAUUGUAUUUAAUCAGCUCGCAGCGACUUGAAACUUAAUCAAUUGCAGUAAAAAUAUGUUUGGUCAAAAUUACAUAACUUGCAGGAUAUUAAGUUUGCAACCAGGGUCUGUUUUAAUUAAUCAUUUAAACCCUUCAAGGAGUCUAAAAUAUAAUACUGAGCAGCUGCGGAAAAGCUGUUUUUUAUGCAUCACAGAACCAAUUUUAUUUUAUCUUUUUCACAUCCUUGUUGACUCAGAAUUUGUGUCCUGAAUUUGAUUCUCCAAGAGCGUAGCAUGCAAUGACUGUAUAACAGAAGUGGACGUGGCCACCGUGAUGACACCCAUAAUUUGUGAACAAGCAUUUUAAAGCCUCAAGUCUGGCACUUUGGCCUUCACUGUUUUUUAUUUUAUUUUUGGAGCCAGAGGCGACCUCAUUUGGUUGAGAGGGUGGAUCUUACUGAGGUCCCAAAUGCUAAGUUAUCAGCUAAUGCUAGCAAUAGCUAGCUAGCUUGGUUAGCAAGGUGAAUCCCUUAACUGUGCUAAUAACUGGGCGGCUAAUUUUGGAUAGCGAAGAACUAAAUAAACAAAAUGCAGUUGUGGAAAAAAGGAAAAGAAAAAAGAACAGCCUAUUCUUUAGUUUAAUUGAAUGUUAAACAAUAUGUUUUAGGUGACCAAAAUGU